GUGGCUGUUUAUAAAUUAUUAGUAAAAUAAUAAUUAAUAUGGUAUCUUGUAUGAUUAUAAAUUUAAUUUGAAUUAAUCUUAGAGUUUUAAGUGUAGUUGGUAUUGGACGUCAUGCUUAUCUUAUGUUGUGACUGCUGCAAGGAUACUAAUAUAAUAAAACUAAAUGUUUUGUUAUCAAGAUUAACUCGACUUUGAACUUAGUAAUAUUAUGUUAAUCUAGUACACUUUACGUGGAGUCUAGGUGCACGAGUGGAUAAGGAUUUAAUGUUAAUUAUUACAUUUUUAAGUAAUUUAUAAUAAUGUCACGGUAUGGAAAGUUUGGACCGCUCAUUGGGGCAAUAGAUGAAGGCACUUCAAGUGCCCGAUUUAUUAUUUUUAAAGUAAAUUCUUGUGAAGUUAUCGCUUCUCAUCAGAAGGAAUUGGCGCAAAAUUUUCCACAAGAAGGAUGGGUUGAACAAGAUCCUUGUGAAAUUCUAAGUGUUGUUAAAACUUGUAUAAACAAAGCCGUGGAACAAUUGAUAUCCUUAGGAGGCUUCCCAAAAGAUAUAAUUGCAGUUGGUGUGACAAAUCAAAGAGAAACAACUAUAGUAUGGGACAAAAUAUCUGGUCAACCACUUUACAAUGCCAUUGUGUGGUUGGAUAUGCGAACUUCUUCAACUAUUGAUAAACUCUUAGAUUUGGUGCCCAACAAGACAAGAAACAAAAAUUAUUUAAAGCCAUUAUGUGGCCUGCCAAUGUCCCCAUACUUCAGUGCAGUUAAAUUAAGAUGGCUUGCUGAUAAUGUGGAUGCUGUCAAACAAGCCAUGAAGAAUGGGUCAUGUUGCUUUGGAACAGUUGAUACAUGGUUAAUAUGGAAUUUAACAGGUGGUGUAAAUGGAGGCAAACACAUAACAGAUGUUACGAAUGCAUCAAGAACAAUGCUAAUGAAUAUAGAAACUCUAAAUUGGGAUCCUCUUUUGUUGAAAUUUUUUGAAGUACCAGUGUCUGUACUACCACAGAUUAAAUCUAGCUCAGAGAUUUAUGGUUACAUAGCGGAAGGCCUUCUCAGAAGUAUACCAAUAUCAGGAUGCCUGGGAGACCAACAGGCUGCUCUUGUUGGCCAAAUGUGUAUACAAAAAGGGCAAGCCAAAGCCACAUAUGGGACUGGAUGUUUUGUCCUCUACAACACUGGCGAUGUGAGAGUGAAUUCUAGUAAAGGUUUACUCACAACAGUAGCUUAUCAGUUGGGCAGGAACAAUCCUCCUUGCUAUGCACUAGAAGGAUCGGUAGCCAUAGCGGGUGCUGCUCUUGGUUGGCUAAGAGAUAAUAUGGGUAUGAUAGAAAACGCACAGGACUCACAGGAAAUGGCUGAAAAUGCCACAGAGAAUGGAAGUGUAGUGUUCGUACCUGCUUUCAGUGGAUUGUAUGCACCUUAUUGGAGGCAGGAUGCUAGAGGGGUGAUAUGCGGAAUCACCGAAGAUACAAACUCAAACCAUAUAAUCAAGGCUGCAUUGGAAGCUGUCUGUUACCAAGUUCGAGAUAUCCUUGAUGCUAUGAAUGAAGACUGUGGAAUGCCCUUACAAUUACUGAAGGUUGACGGUGGCAUGACAUCCAACUCAUUAAUGAUUCAAAUGCAAGCUGAUUUGAUUGGUAUCAACGUGAUAAAAGCUGGUUUUACCGAAAGCACGGCGUUGGGAGCUGCGCUGGUCGCUUACUGGGGUCUAGACAGUAUCACCCAGGUUUCUACCAUCGAUAUGGAGAGUGGUGUCAUGUAUUCACCGAAAAUUACCGAAGACGAGCGCGACAUGCGGUACAAACAAUGGAAAAUGGCUGUUGAGAGAUCUCUCGGCUGGGAACAGAAUUAGUGUCACAGAUAACACGCCUUUGUGGUCAAAAAUAUUUAUUUCAGAUAAUUUAAUUUAAGAUUACUGUUGAGUUGAGUUAAUAAUAACCAAUGUAUAUCCAAGUUGCAAAUAUUGAGAGAUCUCGCUCUAUUUGUUCUAAAAAUGUAUUAUUUUAAGGAUUAUAUAAAUUAUACAUAGGUAUAAAUAGCAUGAUCAAAAAUGGUAAAUGAAGUUUAUAAAAUCAAUCUGAAAGUUCGACGUUUCUAGCUACCUUACAUGUAUAGUAGCAACAUGGCACUCAUGGAAUCAUAUAAGAUAUGAUAAUUUAUCUUGAUAUUUUUGAUUUAUAUAUGAUAAAUAAAAUAUCCUUAUUAUAUAUUUACAUGAACACUUAUUAUACUAAUAAUUACCUACAAAAGUAUAAUACAUUAUAGUUUCUAUACUUAUACAUACACUAGCUGAUCCAGCAAACGUUGUAUUGCCGAUAUUAAAAUCGCGAUACAAAAGUAACUGUUGAUCUUAGAUGGGUGAAAAUUUGAAGUUGUAUGUCUUUUUUAAUGCUGACGCAUAAUCAAACAAAUUUAAAAAAAAAAAGUGAAAUAAAUUAAAAAAAAAUCGUAACAUUUAGGGGGAUGAAAAAUAGAUGUUGUCCGAUUCUCAGACCUACCCAAUAUGCACUCAAAAUUUCUUGAGAAUCGGUCGAGCCGUUUCGAAGGAGUUUCACUACAAACACCGCGACAUGAGAAUUUUAUAUAUUAGGUGAUAAUUUAUCUUGAUAGUAUUGGUUAAUAUAUGAUAAAUAAAAUAUCCUUAUUAUAUAUUUACAUGAACACUUAUUAUACUAAUAAUUACCUACAAAAGUAUAAAACAUUAUAAUUUCGAUACUUAUACAUACAUUAUAUCUUGUCUGUUUACUUCAUGACAAUUACCUCCUCUUAUUCUUUCCACUGCGAUAUUUAUUGUGUUAAGUAGUUUUGAGAAUAAAACAAAUUAAAUUUAUAACAAAAAUUGAUGAUAACUGAUUGGCAAAUAAUUUUUGUCGUCAAUGGAUAUCCUAGUUACAUUGAUUUUAACGACAAGUUGUGUACAAUAUUUUUUAAAGUAAUAGAAAUUGUAUUAUCUUUAAUUACUUAUAAUGUACUGAAUAUUAAAGAAAAAACUUGAAAUGAAUCCAUAAAAAUUUACAGCAUAGCCUGUGGCGACAAUGAGAUUUUAUAUGGAGAGAGUGAUGAGGUCAAUUAAGUUACCAAUAAAUAAAUUAUUCGUUAUGGAAUUGUUUAUACUUAUAUAAUAGAAAUACAGCGUAAGACAUAAUAAGACUAUUCUUGUGACAACUAUACCUGUUUUAUACCUACAGUUAUAAAAUGUUAAAACGCCAAUAUUAGUUAAUAGUUGAUAUUUUUAUAUUGAGCUUUUGUUGUUGUGAGAACAUGAUUAUGUACAAAGAAUAGUUGAUUGAAGCGUCUAUAUCUAUAAAAAUAAAUAGUAAUUCUACUAAAUACGUCUUAAUGUUAACACUGUUCUUAAGCAUAAGAAAACAAAAAUUUACCUUCAUUUAGUUUAUUUCGUAUUAUUUGCGGAACAGCUGCACUGAUAUUGAGGGGACGUUCACUGGCGGAUAGCUCAUUACAACAUGAGCUAUAAAUCUUUAAUGACGAUUACGCGAAAAAAAAUGAAAUUGUAAACAAAUUCAUAUUCAAUUGUCAGAUUACCUAACUGUAGCCCCAAAUCAUGGGCGGCUGAUUAAUGUACAGGUAACGCGUGAGUUGAAUGCAGAGUUCAGGAAUGCGAUAGUGAUGUGACCUAAUUAUAAUCGAUGACCAUAAUCAUGAGUGUGUCGAUAAAUAUAAACAAUACUGCAAGUUUACCAUUUUAACCUAAUAAUUAAAUCUCAAAAUUUUAUUCUGCCUUUCUUUAACACACAUGUCUAAAACGUUCUUCGCCAUUUCACGUGCUUGGCGAUGAUUAAAAACUCGAACGGAACCUAAUGGACUCGGAUCUGUUUAUUAGUCAGGUAUCGGUCAGAUUAUUCAAAUAAAAAAAAUACAUGGAAUCGAAACUUUAGUAUUAAGCGACGACUACGGCACAGCACUACACUGAAAGCGCGCGAGGCGAGGCGUGCAUACAGCGGGGGGAGAUACUACCGCUCCUUACCUCAGGAGCCCUACUACCAAAAUCGGAAUACGAAGUUUCGGUUGCCGGAUCGUACAUUUAUUGCUAUUACGAAAGUUUCGGAUCCGAAGAUUCUUAUUCAAAAUUAAUUUGACAUUUGCUUUAUCGUUGUUUGUCAUUAUUAUGAUCGUAACUACGACUCCACUUUUUAUAUUAAUGUCUAUUGUUCCGAAACGAAUUGCGUCCGCACUAUUCGGAUCCGAAAAACUUUGGUAAAAGGAUUUAAUUCGAAGUUCUUCGUUCUUUCGUUAAGGACCGAAACUACGGCUUUCGAUUUUGGUGAUAGACCUCCAGGCCCCGGCUGCAUUCAACUCGCGCGCUGACUGUACGUGUAAUUAAAAACUAAUUAACAUUAUAUUAAACACAUAUCACAUACUUCCUAAUAUACUGAUCACAAGGAAGCUAAUUUUUUAAAUAAGUAUUUUAUUUAGUUUAUUGUUGAUUUUAUAGAGUUAAAGACUUAAUUGUUUUUUUUUGUUACAUAAAAUGGGAACAUUGUGUUUGUUAUAAUGAAAUGUAGUAAUUAUUUUAGUACUAGUAUUAUUUGUAAUUUAUAUAUUAGUGGUAAGAGAAACUAAGCUGUUUAGGUUCUAUUACAAAGCAUAGUCUUAAUUAAAUCUUUGUUUAACUUCCUUCUAAGCCAAGCUUAUCUCUAGUAUAAGUCAGUAAAAUAAAGCUGACAUGUCAAUAGCGUAGAUAAUUAUUUAUUUAUGUGUCUAGAUAUACUGCUGUAAACACCUCGAAAAUAAUAGAGGUGAACUGUUAAGUUCUAUCUUCAGCAAACACACGCAUACUACAACAAAUCGCGAGUGUAAGAUGUAGUUGACAUGCACACUAAUGUAAUAAAAUGGCCUGGUGUCAUGCGUCGCCUUACAGUAAGUGGCUCUAUCUAGACAUUUAAAUUAGUUCAAUAGUUAUCACUCCUAUGCAGUUAUAAAAUGUGUGUGUGUACUUAUGUAUGCACAUAUACUUCUUUGGCCUAACAAAGCAAAAAUACCUAAAAUUAUUUAUUCCUCUUGCUAUUCUACGUUUGUAGAAAGAACAAUAUUGUAAAAAUCUUGUUACAAUGGCUUUGACAAUGAAUUAUUAAAUUACGAAUGCGGCUGUAACAGCUAUAGGGCUUGAACCCUUUGCCUAUCCUAAUAAUGGACGAAGAAACCAAAAAAAAACAGAAAGUAACGAAUGUCGCAAACGUCAGAAAAUUUUAGAAACCAACUUCAACCUGUUACUUUUGUGUAACAGUGAUGCGCGCGCAUCUUAAAAUUUCACUCUAAUAUCUAACUUCAAUAAUAUUUCAAAAUACUAUUAAUAUCAAAACAAUUACUAUCUCUACAAGUUCAUAAGUUUGCCCGCGUGCGAGAGAGAUGAACCGAUUUGUCAUGGUAUAGUUAGCAUAAUCUAUUUGUCUAUUGAUAAAACCGCAUAUUCAUAUAUGUCUUGUACAACAAACGUAAUAUUAUUUUGAUGUGAUAUAUAAUAUAACAGACGUUGUAUAUUUAGCAGAUAUUUCUCCAUUUCUUACGAUUUUAACGGCCUAGUUUUAGUGACAUUAUAAUUUAACGGGUACACUGAAAUUGUAAGACAAUGAUAUUUAGAAAAUUUUAGUGGUCGUUAGUUUAUGAGGACGUCUCUGAUUGGUCAGGAAACAAAUUGUAUUAAUUGUAUAAGUUUUUUAGUAUCAACUAAUUGUUAUCAAAUUGAAUCGGCCUUUGUUCAUUAGUAGGUCCCAAAAACAAAUUUAGACUAUUGACCACAACGUACGAGCCGAGCGUAGCGUGCCGCGGCAGCGGCCGUCGAGUGCUAUAACCGAAUUAACCCUUGUUCACUACUAUUUCGAUACUAAUUUCAGAUGGAAAAUUGCAGAUACGCUACAAUGUACUAUUUUUGCUUUGCAAAUUGCGUAUGAAAAAAAUUUGACCAAUCAGAACGCUCGACGUCUCACACUGCUAACUUCAUUUGUAAUAUACCUAGAUUUAUUAUAAUAUCACUAUAGUGUACCCGUGGCAUUAAAAUGUCACUAAAACCAGGCCGUUAAAUUGUAAGAAAUUAACGGCCGUUUACAAUAACGUAUCUCUAGUUACGGAUAUAUUGCUAUCACCGUUUAAUGACAAGAUCUUAUCUAUCGAUAAUUAUUUCCAAGUAAGUUAAACUAAGGAUAGAAAGGUUAUUGAAAAUGGCCGUAAGUCGAUUAACAUUCUACCGGUCAAUUAUAAUAUUAUCACUAGUGAAAUUAUAAUAUCACGGCUUUGACAAUAUACCUACGACAUAUAUAUGAAACUCAUCAAUGUAAAACUAGUGACUAGUUUGACGUUAGCAUUUUUACAUAAGUAUCUACUACAAGACCACAUUAUCUCUGGACCUCACUGGAACAUAAAGCCCCCUCCCGUUCCCUUUUCACCCCCUCGCGCUUGUUCUAUUGCUUCAGUACGGUUUAAUGUUUAUUACCGUUAGGUACAUGUGAUAUUUUUGUGCUAUCACUGCUUUGUUUUUGAAGUAUUCAUUGUUACGUUUUGACUUUUUUUGUUAAUAGUUCUGUAGUUUCUGUUGUUCUGUGUCGCUAUAAUAGUACUGCGGGUCUACCAUGAACUCUUAUUGCGAUUCAAUUGACAACCUAAAAUGUACUGGUUUGCUAUUUCGUACCACUACGUGAUUAGAGCUAUCUAAUUUAGGUUGACGUCAAAUCAACUGAUUAAAUCGCAAUGAUGUCAAUUGAAUGUCAAAAAUGAUAUCAAUUGAAUUGCAAACUGAUUUAGUUCGUUCAUUCAUUCGUACCAUGAGGUAAUAUUUGAUAUUUCAAUCUAAACUAGAUAGCUUAUGUGUCAAAUUCAAAUAUUUUUAUUCAAAAUAGAAUUCAAAAUCACUUAUUAUCAUUAAACGUCAAAAACUGCCACCUAUUCAAAACAGAAAUUCAAAGUGAGCGAUUCGAAAAAAGUUGCUACUUCCUUAGAGGAAAUUGAAUCGUGUUGUUAAAUAACUUUUAAAAAAUAGUGAAAACAUACCGAGAAGGGAAAUUUUAUUGAUGAAAGAUGAGAUGAGAAUACUUUAUUAGCCUUUUUUGUAAAACAAAAUGCUGAAAAUAAAUACCAAAAAUUUAAAUACUAAAGACGAGGUAGUAAGGGCCCGGGCUAUAGCCUGUUCGCAAGAAAUAAUUAAAAAAAAUGUACUCUGUGGUCCUGUCAAAUCAAACAUCAAUGGAAGUGCGUUUAUAACUCGUUAUUUUUACGAAAACACCCAAGCAUACAUUUAAUUUGUAAUUAAAAUAAAUAUAUUUCUUUAUAUUACUAUUAUUUAAUAGGUACAAAAAAGGGCUUAAUGGUUUAUAAUUUGACGCUAUAAAGCGCAAUUUUAAAAUGUAUUUUUAGUAUUUUCUACGCAAAAAAUCCGCUAAAAUCAUGUCAUUUUAGGUUGCGAAACGCAACGCAUAUGGUUCGAGCAAGAGAGACAAACUUAUGCAACGACUGUAGACCGUCAUCUCUUUUUCACACCGCAGACCACAAACUUUAUUUCGUUCAUUCUUCAUAAGCGAUCCAAACGCCAUUCAGUAAAAGGCAUUUUAUGGUACGAAUUUUAGUGAUUCAGAUUAGGUACCUAAACUGAACUACAUUGGAAUCGCAUCGCUUAUUAAAAGUUGAUGGUAGGCCCUCUGUUAGAGAAAUAAAUACUUCUUUUUUUAACUUAA